AUGUUUGAUGCAGUUCCCCCGAACCUGACCGUGCCGCAGGGCAAGUCCCCGCUGGCGGUGCGGGAGGGUGAGACGGUGGAGCUGGAGUGCCUUGUUUCAGGGAAACCCAAGCCCAUCAUCCUGUGGUCGCGAGCGGAUAAAGAAGCGCCCAUGCCCGACGGGAGCAUGCAGAUGGAGAGCUACGACGGCGUGUUGCGGAUCGUGAACGUGACGCGCGAGAUGAGCGGAUCCUACCGCUGCCAGACCAGCCAGUUCAACGGCUUCAACGUCAAGCCCAGAGAGGCCGUGGUCGAGCUCAUCGUGCAGUACCCGCCGGCGGUGGAGCCGGUGUGGCAGGAGGUCCGGCAGGGCUUGGGUCGACCCGUGGGCCUGAACUGUCGUGUCCUGCGGGCUCAUCCGUCACGAGUGCUGCGGUUCGAGUGGAGGCUCGGCUCGCGACUGCUCCACGCCGGACACUUCGACUCGCGGGACGAGACCGACUACACCAUACGCAGCCUCGCCAGAGAGGGCUACGGCGAGUACACCUGUGACAUCAUCAACGAGGUCGGGCCGGGGCGCUGCUCGUUCCUGCUCACCG